UAUGGUAGUGUUUUUAUUUGGAAAAGGCAUGUGAGCAUGUCCAGGACUGCUUUAGUAGUUUAUGUGUAGUUUUGUUGCUGUUGGUAUAAUAAAUAGACAAAUUAAUUAAUCCAAAAUCAGUUUAGUUCAAAACGGCGCUCUGGCACACGUUUGAGCGCUUGUAACCAGCAAGGGAUACACAGUUCGAGGCUCGAUGCUGCUACCAUUGGGGGAUGUGUCUUUUAGCAAGACACCUAACAGUUUUGAUCUAAGUCUAAGUAGUUUAUGCAGAUUUAUUCUAGGAUUGUGAGGUCCUACAACGUGGUACACCUUGGUACCUAAGGUUUAGACAAAAAAGGUCCCAUUACCCCAGACCUUCGCAUUGUGUUACCCUGCAUUUAUAGUUUAACAACAAUUAUUCAUCACCUGUAAAAUAUCUUAUUCCUAUAACAGCAGUGAUGGGGUUUAGGUUUGUAGUGAUAGGGGGUGGAAUAGCUGGGGUGUCGUGUGCUGAAGCCCUGCUUGCCCAUUCACCUGAUGCAAAUGUUUGUCUUGUGUCACCAACACCAAUAAUCAAAGCUGCAAGAAACGUCAACGAACUGACGAGAAAUUUAGUCACAUUUGAUGUCACUGAAAUACCAGUUACAGAAUAUGAGUCAAAACAUCCGAAUGUAAAAGUUCAUAAAUGCUCAGCCGUGCGGAUUGAUACUGAAGAUAAGUUAAUAUUUAUGAGUAGUGGAGAAACCAUAUCAUAUGAUAAAGUAUGUGUUUGUACUGGUGCAAGACAAAAUGUGAUUUUCCCCGAAAAUAAUUGUGUGGUUGGGAUAAGAGACACGGCAACUGCUAUGGAGUUGGACAAGAUGUUAAAAUCAUCGGAACGUGUUGUUGUUGUUGGGAAUGGAGGGAUCGCAACAGAACUUGUGUUUCAGAUCAAGAACUGUGAAGUGAUUUGGGCAAUCAAGGACAAAUCCAUCAGCAAUGUUUUCUUUGAUGGCGGGGCAGGACAAUUUUUUCUGCCAUUUUUACAACGAAAACAAGAUUUGUUAAAAAAUUUUGAAACUGAAAUUCCAUCUAAGCGAAUGAUUUAUAAAGUCUCGGACUUUAAUACCACGGAAAGCAAGACUCUAGGAGGCGCUCUUGGGCCAGAUUGGCACCAGAGUUUAAGUUUAACUGGAACGAAUGACGACAUUUGUGGUGUUAAUGUUGAAUAUGAGUGCGAGGUGCAGGACUUGCAUGUAAGAAGUGAUAAUUGUUGCAACUUACAUGAAACUAAGAAGCCAAGUGGUGAAUAUUGGCCUCUGCAUGUUAAGUUAACUAAUGCUGUCUCACAUGCUUGUGAUUUUGUGAUAAGCGCUACAGGUGUCGUCCCCAAUGUUCAGCUGUUUACCGAUCUUUCGUGCACUUUUGGGCUCGACAGCGGUAUUGAGAUUGACGAGAACAUGAGGGUGGUCGGGUUAUAUGAUGUCUAUGCUGCUGGGGAUGUAUGUAGCACAGCCAAGUGGCCAGAAUCGCCGCAUUGGCAUCAGAUGCGGCUUUGGACACAAGCCAGACAAAUGGGAUUGUUUGCGGCACAAUGCAUGGCAGGACAUUCAACAAUGAAGGAAGAUAUUCCUCUUGAUAUUUGUUUUGAACUGUUCGCGCACGUUACGAGUUUUUUCGGCAAAAAGGUUGUUUUACUCGGAAAUUAUAACGCUCAGAAAAAUAACGACAAUAAAAACAGCUUAGAAUUCCUGCUACGUGUUGAAAUGAACGAGGAAUAUGUUAAGGUUGUUUUAUUUAACGGCCGAGUUAUUGGUUGUGUUUUAAUUGGGGAGACCGACUUAGAAGAAACGUUUGAAAAUUUAAUUUUAAAUCAAACUGAUGUUUCUGCAUUAGGUGAAAACUUGUUGGACCCGAAUGUGGAUAUAGCUGAUUACUUUGAUUAGAUGUUUGAGUAUAAAAUAAAAGUGAAAUAUUUCGAUGCACUGUGUGUUAGAUGCACUGUUAUUGUUUUUACAUUUUGCUUUAAGAAAAAAGUUCAAACUUCUGUGAUUUGAAAUCUAGCACUUUUAAUUCAUAUGGAUGAGGGCCUAUGGCAAGACAUGGGGACUUGUUAUUACGCCAGGGAGUUAAGUUUUAUUUCUACAAUCGUGUUCCUAAUUGAUUUUCACAUACUUUUCAUAAUAAUAAUGCGAACUUAUUAUUGUUUUUUAAGUUCCCAUUUUUAUGUUUUCUAUUAUUUUUCAGAGCGAUAUAGUUUUAUAAUUAUGGUUGCUUAGUUGGUUGGUUUGUGAGAAAACUUUGUUCUAUGUGGCAAGCAGAUUACUCAAGUUGCCAACAACUUUGUCAAGAUGUUGCUGAAUCUAUAAAUGACAGGAAUAAGGAAAUAAGGCUUGGAGGAAGUGUUUCAAAGGUUAACUGUUUGAUCAAGAAAGAUUUAUUGAACUUAAAAUCAAUGACAGAGAAGUUAAGACUGGAUUUAAUUCGAUCUGCUAAAUCCCAUACUACGACACACGGGGAGGUAGAGAGACGACAAAACCUUCUCGAUACUUUGAGCACAAAAGUUCGAAUCCUGGAUAAAGCUGCUGAACGAUCAUUAUCCACUAGUUCUGCUGCUGAGAGAGUUGCGUUAUUAUCGUCUAAUCACGACCAAAGUCAAUCUUCAUACGGCAACCCAUGGUUGGAUACGCGGAAAGGAAUUCUAAUCUUUCAUUAGAAGAAUAUAGAAAGAAACAAGCACAAGUUAUACGAGACCAAGAUGCUGGAUUGGACGUUUUAUCAGAAACGCUGAGUCGGCAAAAAAACAUUGGUAUCAACAUAGGAAAGGAAGCUGACUAUCAGAAUGAGUUAAUUGAUGACAUCCAUGGUAGAAUCGAAGAAACUGAUUCCAGGAUUAAACAACAAACAACGAGCGUUUUAAAAAUAUCAAGAAAGUCAUCUUCUUGCAUUUUAUGGAUGAUAAUAAUUCUCCUUGCCAUUGCUAUUAUUGCAUUGAUUGCUGUUGGACCACAGAAGCAUUAGUUUCAACAUUCCUUAUAUUCAGAUUGUAGGGUGGGGUAAGAUGGGACACUUUCAGCGCAUAAUAUUCCAAUAAGUUGAUCAAGUUUUAAACAAUUAUCAACGGUCUAUGUGAGUCUUGAGGGUACGAACAUUAUUACUAAUUGCCGUACGCUACGUUUAUGCUUACCAUUAUUUACAGUCUUAAGCUUUCAUUGUACAGUACUGUGGGGAAAGAUGGGACACCUUUUUAUUCUAUUUUCUUGUCCCAUUUGAUAGUAAGCAAAAACCAUUCCAAAAAUUAUAAAAUCGCUUCCCCACGACCUCUAUAGAACGUUGUUAAUUGUUUAAAACAUAAUCAGGAUUUUUGCAUAUUAUGUGCUAAAGGUGUCCCGUCUUCCCCCACCCUACUAUAUAUUCUAAUAUAUAUGUUUGAGGCCCUAUGGCAAAGCUGGGAUUAAGAUUUAAGCCACAGUUGGCUAAUACCCCAAAAAGUUUUGGGUAAUUGUUGUUUCCAAUGCUGCUUUAAUAGAACUUAACUUUAUGAACUAUGCAAAUUAUUACCAACGGUACAUUAAUGUUGAUCUGAUUAUUCAUGUUUACAGUCAACAAAAGUUCAUUUAAUAAUCAUUCAUGAUAUAUUCUAAUAUAGUAGGGUGGGGGAGAUGGGACACCUUUAGCACAUAACAUCCAAAUAUCCUGGUCGUGUUUUAAACAGUUAACAACGGUCUAUGGGAGUCGUGAGGAUACGGUUUUAUAAUUCUUUGAAUGUUCAUUGUUUACUACAAAAUGGGACGGGAAAAUAAAGUGGACAGGUGUUCCAUCUUCCCCCACCUACUAUAAUACAAAUUACUUUAAAGUAUAAACAUUAACUUUGUUGAACCAAUAGUUGUCAUGAUAUGAUGACGUCUUGCCAGGUGGCAGACAAAACGUUGGUGCAAAAAAUAACGUAACAACAAAAAAUUAGUAUUACGUUAUUUCUGGUAGCAACAAUAGCAAAACAUUGUAUAUUUGUUUUGAUUUACUUUCUAUAUGUUGUGCAUUGUAACAAGACCAUAUUUACUGUGAUUAGUGUUGUGUUUAAAUAUUUACGGUAUUGCUGCGUUUUAAUUUGUGUAUUAUUACUUCGUUGUGUUGUUUCAUGCUUUAUUGCUUCGACUGUGCAAUUCUUGAAAAUAAAUUCAUAUUUAUACAA